CUGCAGAGUAAAGGCAAAUGUGCUUUUGGUAGAAUAUUUUGGACAAAUUAUCCAGCAGCAAAUUAUCCAGCAGCACCUCAGUGAACUAAACCUUUAUGCACAAAUCAUAACAUGUAUUCAUUACUGACAUUGUAGUACUGGUAACUUUGUCUCACUUUACAACCUGUUCAUAAUGUUGAAAAUCUGCAGGACUCAUUAUCACAGACACCACUGACGCUUCGCGCACAGCAUCCUCCAUUAACACAAUCUUACCCCCACGCAUGUCCACCACAACAGAGGCCUCACCCACAUUCACCUCUGACUCAUCGAGUCUUAGCACAGCCUCACCCACACUCACAUCCACUGAAGCAGGUUCUUGCUCCACAUGUGAAUCCUCUGUAACAGUAAAAAAAAUAGAAAGUAAACAUGCAUUGCUAGUGACGUUUGAAGAGUUUAAUAAAAAUAAUUGCCCCAGUAAACCCUACUUUAUGAUACUCAAGAAUAACGCUUCCAAUAAAACGAUAACCAGUGCAACGAUAAACAUGACUGAGAGUAUUUUCGAGAUACCACUUGAGAAAUUGGAGCCUUGCCAAUAUUAUAAUGUCAGUUUAAACCAUACCUGUACACUCAAGAAGAACAUAAUUUCGUCAAAUGUUACUUACUGGGAUAAACCUACUUUCAAUUUUACCAAAAAUGUCAGCAGCGAAUUCUAUUGGACAAAUAGAAAUGAAACAUGCGCUGGAGAUGUUACAUUCAGCUGCGACUCCAUUGCAAGACCAUAUAAAGAAAAUGAACAUGUUAAACUGGAACCUUACCAUAAUUACUCUUGUAAUGCCACAUACGCUUUCUUUGCCCCUGAGACAUUUCCAGUUUACUUUGAAUGUGAGUGGAAAAAUAGUAGUGAACCUAAGCUCGAGGCAAGUACUAAUAGCAUUAUGGCAUCAUGGAGUUUAACAAGCCCAAACUGUGAUGAGCAAAAGGUUACCUAUAAUGUCACAUGUGAGAGUAAACAAGGAAAAACACAUUCAUGCAAUUGGAACCAAAAUCCGAAUUCCUGUAAUGUGCCUGCAUUGGAAUUUGAUAGCCAUUAUACAUGUACAAUUCGUGUUGACUAUAACAACAGCAAAAAUGUCCACAAUAUAACAAUGGCUGUUGAAACACUGUCUGGAAGUAAGUAUGACAUGUAA